CGUUUCUCACGAUCGGAACUCCAUCGGAAAGCCUCCGACAGGUUUAGUGUUGAUCGGAAUCUAUCGUAUCAAUGGCGAACAAAACUCAGAUCCGCAGUCACAAUUCUGCGCUCAUAGCGAUGAUUGCCGACGAGGACACAAUCACUGGCUUUCUGCUAGCUGGAGUCGGUAAUGUUGAUUUGAGGAGGAAAACAAACUACCUCAUAGUGGAUUCAAAAACGUCGGUGAAGCAGAUCGAAGAUGCAUUCAAAGAAUUCACAACACGAGAUGACAUCGCGAUAAUCUUAAUCAGCCAACAUGUCGCGAAUAUGAUAAGGUUUGCAGUAGACAGCUACAAUAAACCAAUCCCGGCAAUCUUGGAGAUACCUUCCAAGGAUCAUCCCUACGAUCCGGCCCAUGACUCCAUCCUUUCAAGAGUGAAGCAUCUCUUCUCUUCAGAAUCAGUGGCAUCCAGACAUUGA